UUCACCUAUGACCCAUCCGCUCCGGUGCCGACCACCACCAGCGUGGAAGCCGAACCAGAACCGGAUACGGGAGAACAAUCUGGUAAAUCCAAAUCCAAAAAGUCGAAAAAAUCCAAGAAAAAUGCCGCCCCGAACAGCGAAAGCUCAGAUCCAGCACCAGGCAGUGAUCACCUGCCCGUCGGAAGCGUGGCCGGUGGUGGUCGAUAUGACGGCCUAGUAGGCAUGUUUGAUCCAUCCGGUGCACGAGUUCCAUGUGUCGGAGUCAGUUUUGGUGUUGAACGACUGUUGGCCAUUCGUGAGGCCUUGGCCACGUCCGGAGCAAACAAGUCCGGCAUUGCGCGAGCCACGGAAACUGAUGUCAUGGUUGUGGGCGCACACAAGGGCCUAAUAACACAGCGGCUUCAGUUCUGUCGGCGUCUAUGGGACGCCAAGAUCAAGGCUACCAUGUCGCACAAAAAUCACCCUAAAAUGCUGGACCAGCUGCAGUACUGUGAGAGCACCGGAAUUCCGCUGGCUGUAGUACUCGGUGAUGGUGAACUGUCUCGUGGUGUGGUUAAGCUACGUGUUAUUGCUACUCGGGAGGAGCGCGAAGUAUCGCAGGACGCUAUCGUGGAUACGAUUCAUCAGGAGUUGGCAAAGAUGCAAUCGAAUGGUCGAUGA